AGAAUGUUUGCAUGCAGUGGGUACAGUAAUUUUUUUAUUAUUGUUUCAUCGUUUCUAAGGUGCGUGGCGUGGCGUGGCGUGGGGUGUGGGAGUAUGUGCAGACCGGUCCGGUGGAAGGAUCGUGGGCUCGAACGAGCGGAGGGUGUGCUUUGGCUACUUACUAGUGUGCAAGUGGAGUACAGUACAAUCGAAACCGUGCGGGCGGUGGGUGGGUGGGUGAACGGGGUUGGCUCGAACGGCUCAGAUCCCGCCGUUCCGGUAAAAGUGCCGCAGGGCGUCCCCAAAGUAGCCCCCCCGGACGGACCAGGCCCACUCCUGCGGCGUCAGCGGCGAGAGGCCCUCCGUGUCGUAGCCCGAGUCGACGAGGUAGCCCCCGUACCGGAGGUGCUCCCCGAGCAUCGUUCCGAGGGACCCGUUCUGUGCCGCCCAGACCCACUCCUGCGGGGAAAAGGGAACGACCUUUUCGUCAAAGGCCGAAAGAUCGACGGAGAGGCCGCCGUGCUUCGCCCACUCGGCAAGCAGCGAGGGAAAGUACCCGUCCCGGACCGACCAGUACCACUCCUGCGGGAGGAUCGUGGCGACGCCCCAGGUCUCGGGGGCCUGGCCUUCCGGAAGCGUUCCCACCAUCGAGAGGCCGUCGACCGGAACGUUGGGAACCGCCGCCACCCCGUGCAGGACGGUCCACAUUACCCAGGCCCCGACCGAGAGGUUGGCCAGGUGGAAAGCCGCCCUGAGGGGGGCGAGGCGCCUUUCUUCCCUGGCGAUCUUCUGGCGGAGGCCCGCGACGACCUCCGCGACCUUGUCGGCGUUCCCGCACAGCGGGCUGCUGCCCAGGGCGUCCCCGACGCAGUCCGCCUGGGACCGGAGGACGCCGUCGAGGCAGGCCCGGGCCUCCUCGAGGGAGCAGGACUCGGAAUCGGCGCAGGCGCCGGCGCGGCCCAGUAGAAAGGAGUCGUCCCCGUAGUAGUCCUCGUCCUCCGUCCAGACGGCCCCGACGGACAGGGCCGACCGGGACAAAGGCGACGACGACGACGACGUUGGCGACGAGGCCGCGGACCGGACCAGCUCGGAUCCCUUUCGGGCGGAAAAGGCCAGUGCGGGAGCGAGGAGGAGGGAGGCACCGAGGAUUGCGCGUUGUAGGAGCAUCAUUGCUGCUGUAGUGGCGGUGCGAUCGGAUUGGUUUGGUUUGGCGUUUGGUUUGCUUUGCUUUGCUUUGCUUGGUGUGGUUUGGUUUGGUUUGGUUUGGUUGGAAACCGGAGGGAACCAGAGAUUUAUAACCACUUGG